CGUUUGAUGACGUACAAAUAAACAUUAACCUCUGUUUAGAAAAAUGUAGAAAUUGUUUUAAUAUUAAAAUAGCUUAUAAUGAAGUAAAGAAAUUAUGGCUUGGUUGCAAAAUCUGGCCGGUCGAGCCGAAGACCUUUUAAAUAAAAUAGAUCAAAAUGCAGCCACUGUUUUAAACGAAUCAAGUUCAAGUUCAAAACUAGUAGAUGAUGAAAUACAAGUGCAAGAUCUAAAUUACGUUAUUGGCACAAAAGAAACGGAAUCAAACAAUAAAAUUAAAAUUUCACCCCUUAACGGUAAAAUAAGUAGGAAUUCCAGUUUUAAUAAUUCUCCUAACAAAGACAUUAGUCCUGCAGUAGAAAAGGAUGUUACAGAUGGCAGCAUAUUUGAGGUACCAAAUGAAUCUAAUGGUGUUGUCAUUGGAGACGAAUCAUACUUAGAAGAUUCAGUAAAGAGCUCUUUAAAAAGCGAUAAAAUGUCAUCUUCUAGUUCAGUGCAUAACAGUUUUGUUUUAGCUGAAGAGACUCAGUUACUGCAUGAGAAAAUAGCUCGACUAGAGUUAGAUAAUCAAGAUUUGAAUAAGCAGCUGUUGAAUAUGCAUCACAUCUAUUCAGCAUUGCGAAAUGAAAAUUCAAAUCUGCAAUUUCAAAUUGAAAGAGCCAAUGAACAAGCGGCAGAAGCUCAAUUAGAGAAAGACCAAUAUUUAGCUAGGGCACAAAGAAUCCUACAGGAAAAGGAACACCUGUUGUCUUUAAACCAAGCAGCUACUUCGGAAGACGAUAAUAUAUUUGCAAGUUACAACGCAGAACUAAAGAAAGAGUUGGAAUUCCACCAAACCAAAACCGAAGAACUUUCUCAAAAAAACGCCCAGUUGUUAAAAGAAGUUCAAUCAUUGCAAAUGCAACAUCAAGUUAUUCAAAACGGCUUGCAAGCUACUAAUCAAAGUUUAGAACAAACUUUAAAUAAUGAGAGAAAGAUUAGAGCUAUAGCCGAAGAAGAUUACCAACUAAAGAGUAAAGAACUACAUAAAACUCAACAGGAUUUGAAUAAUCUACAAGGUAUUAUAAAAAUGAAAAACAAUGAAAUUUGUACCCUACAAGAGACCCUCAAAAAUAAAAGUAAAAAUGUAUCAGACGAAGAUAUCGAAUCGAGAAUAAAAUCAUUAACACAAACUUUGAUGGUAAAACAAAAUAAUUUAGAAACCAUCACAACAGAAAGAAAUGCACUGAGGCUUCAAAUAGAAAAAUUGGAGAAUGAAUAUAAAAAAAAUUUGGCACAAAUGAGCAAGUCCCAAGCUAAAGUUAUUAAUAUAGGAGAACCAGACGAUUCAAUACCAGUACCAGUUUUUAUGAGAGUCUCUCCAUUUGAUGCUGGAGUUACGAGAAGGGUUAAACAUGCCUAUUCAACUCUAGAUUCCGUCAGCAUAAGAACAGGAAUAUUUCUUAGAAGAUAUCCUGUAGCUAGAGUUUUUGUUUUCUGUUAUAUGGUAUUACUUCACAUUUGGGUGCUUAUUAUAUUAUUCCUAUAUGUUCCCAGCAAUCAUUAGAUAUAGAAAUUACUGUUAUUGUAUAAAAAUAUUUUAUAUUAAUAAAAAUAUACAAUGUUA